AAAAUGAGGCGAAUCAAAAACCAAAUUGCAUAUACGCAUUUAUUUUGUUGGCCAAAUAUUAUAAAUCAAAUUUAUUAAUGGUUUAUUUUGUUUAGUGGACGCAAUCGAUCGCAUCGAUGAUAUAUGAUGUUCAACGCUCAAAUUAAAAUAGUAAAUUCGGAUCCUCGACCAAUAACAAAAAAUUAUUUCAAAUCAGUUGCAAUUUUGUCAUCAACAAAUUCAUUGAUUGAUUAAUUACUUUGGUUUUUUUUUGUUUGUCUCAUUGUUCUUGUUUAAAACGAAUUUGUUUUUUGGAAUCUUGUGCAAUCAUGAAUCGUCAGCAUCCAAAUCUGAUCAUAUCGAUUGUUUUGUUGUUUACAGCAAUCGUUUUCAUCAAUCAAUCAUGGGCAUUUCUUGAAGAUUAUCGUUUUGAUCCACAUUAUCGUCCACCAAGGCCAGCACCAGAACCCGAACCCGAACCUGAACCAAUUAAUUGGGCUUGUCAACAAAUUUGCCGCAAUGCUCAUACGUGCAAAAAAUUGAUUCAAAUGUUAGCCGAACAAAUGGAUCAUUGUCAAACCGGUUCAUUGUAUAAUUGUGUGGCAAAUCAACCGUUUCAUAUACAAUUCUCGAAUAAAGAUCAAUAUCGACGAUUUUAUCGUCAUAUGAUUAUGGAAAAAAGUGGCCAAUGUCCAAUACGAUUAAAUCAAUGUCCACAAGGUUAUCUACCCAGUGGUUACGGUCAUGAUGAUCAACAACGACAACGUUGUAUUCCAUUCACACAAUGCAAAUAUCUACAGCAAAUUUAUUCACAUGUGAAUGAAAUUCAUGAAGGAAUUGAUUGGUGUUAAUGAUGGCGAUGAUCCAGAAACAAUCCACAUCCACAUUUACAUCUACAAACAAUACAUAUCUCAAACGCAAUAUCAUUCUUAGGUUCCAUAAUUCAUUCAUCAUGUAGUUUUUUUUAAUUUGGUUUGCUUCAUUCCUGUUUUUUCUUUCUCUAAUAUUG